AUGCCUACCCAUGGAAAAGAAGCCACAAGAAAGUCCCAUGGAAUGUCUAAUGAGAUUGGAGCUAUUGAAAAAGCCAUAAUUUGGCCUCAGUAUGUGAAGGAUAGAAUUCAUACCACCUAUAUGUACUUAGCAGGAAGUAUCGGCAUAACAGCUUUGUCUGCCCUGGCAGUGAGCAGAACUCCUGCCCUCAUGAACUUCAUGAUGAGAGGCUCUUGGGUGACAAUUGGUGCAACCUUUGCAGCCAUGAUUGGAGCUGGAAUGCUGGUCCAGUCUAUAUCAUAUGACCAGAGCCCAGGCCGAAAGCAUCUUGCUUGGUUACUACAUUCUGGUGUGAUGGGUGCAGUGGUGGCUCCUCUGACGAUAUUAGGGGGGCCUCUUCUCAUCAGAGCUGCAUGGUACACAGCUGGUGUUGUGGGAGGCCUCUCCACUGUGGCCAUGUGCGCACCCAGUGAGAAGUUUUUGAACAUGGGAGCACCCCUGGGCGUGGGCCUGGGUGUCGUCUUUGUUUCCUCACUAGGAUCUAUGUUUCUUCCACCUACCACUGUGGCUGGCGCCACUCUGUACUCAGUGGCAAUUUAUGGUGGAUUAGUUCUUUUCAGCAUGUUUCUUCUGUAUGAUACACAGAAAGUAAUCAAGCGUGCAGAAGUAGUACCAGUGUAUGGAGUUCAAAAGUAUGAUCCCAUCAAUUCGAUGCUGGGAAUCUACAUGGAUACAUUAAACAUAUUUAUGCGAAUUGCCAGUAUUCUAGCAACUGGAGGCAACAGAAAGAAAUGAAGUGACUCAGCUUCUGACUUCCUUAAUACAUCAGAUAUCUGGCUUGUUUAUUAGGGGCAGAUAUUCUUUAAAUAGUUUGUGCAAGCAGCUUUCGUUGAAGUUUAGAAGAUAAGAACUUGUCAACAUGUUUCAGGUGUUCCAGUAAUGUGAUGCUUCAGGUCUGCUUUUUCUUCUGGAGAAUAAAUUCAGUAGUUCUCUUCCAAA